AUGUUUCAAUUGUAAAAUAACCCAAUUUAUAGGCAAAUAGAAAACCGGAGUCGAGUCAGUUCAACAACAUGAGCCGCCAGCUGAAGUUCCACCUCCAAGCGCCCGACGACGAGCAGUUCCCACCGGACCUGGUGGAGAUUAACCUCAACCCCAACUGCGGCCAGGUCAAGCAGAAGUCGGCCCAGGCCCUGGACCAGCUGCUCCUGGCCACGCCGCCGCACAGAGGCUAUCCCUACGGCUAUGCCGAGGACUCCGAGCCGGAGACCUACUUCUGCCGCAAGAGCAACUCCACGGGCCAGCUGGCCGAGAAGGUAUCGCCUCCACCGCCCACGGCCACCAACAUCAGCUGCCUCCGCCAGAUGUACUGUCCGGAGUGCCACGAGCGGUUGCACGAGCAGGGAGUCCGGCUGGAGCGACUCCUUACCAUGUGCUGCUUUGCCCUGCUGCCCAUCUAUCCCUGCUGCCCGAGGCGCUCCACCAACGACUGCAAGGUCAUCUGUGGCAAGUGUGGAUACCUCUUGGGGGCAUGGAAGAGACAAUGAGGAGAGGGAAAGGGGAAGGGGCGUGGGUUGGGGCAACCGGAGUGGG